UUUUGGCUUCUUUGUCCUCCUUCCCCACUCAGUUUAAAACACUUUCUUAGUUUAGUAAUAAGUAAAUUGGAGAGGCUAACUAGUUAGCUUGGUGACUUGCUAUAUUAGCAGUGGCUGUCUAUUAUGUCCCGGCAGUGAUACCGUAGCCUGCGUAAACAAAGAAUAGAGUAGGUGUGUAAAAGUGACGAUAGGGUUGUUAUUUCAUGUCUACAAGGCUCUAAUAAUGUUAAAACCUGUAUUUAGAAAGUCAUAAACAGGUUUUCUAUGCUCUUAACUACGAAAAUAUUCUGUUUAUUAAUAUUGAAUCCUGCUUCACGGAAAUUCAUUUAUCGUGGUCGAGUCCGGAAGCAAUUAACUGCGAUAAACGAGGGACGACUGCAUUAACAUUAUAACGCUGCAGUCGUACAAGUGUGAAAAAGAUGGCAAGUGUGUAAACAUUGUGACGUAUGAAAAGAGAAGUAUUGAUACGACACACGUCAGUAUGUCACAGAAAGAGACCACAUGCAGCUUUUUAAUGUUGUUGGUGAUGAUGUGUGCGUAGCCAUAUUGUACUGAGCAGCCUGGAUGGAGACCACGUGGCUAAUUUAAAUACUUUGCAUUCCCUCAGUCAGUUUCUUCCUUUGUCACGUAUUGUUGACAGUGCAAAAUUGUACUGAGCAGCCGGGACGGAGGUACGUGUAAUGUUUCUUGCUACGCUAAAGUAAAACACACUUUUAGCGUUCGUCCUUUUGAUGCUAACUGAGCUAAAGUUAGCACAGGAUUUGCUGAAGUAUUGUUUUCGUGCAACUUUGUCCGCUAACACUCUGUACGGUUGCCAAAUUGGACGACCUUCUAAGGCUGGGGUGUCCAGACUUUUUCCACUGAGGGCUGCACAUGAAGGAUGCACCGUUUUAAUUCAUUAAACACACAAAAAUGUUACAUUUACAUAACCUGCCCCCCAGGUUAGUGAAAAAUAGCCGUCACCGGUGUCUGAUUGACAGGACAUCCAUCAAAGAGCUUAUUAUGUAAGACUCACAGGUAGUCAGCCAUUUUGGAAGGAUAUGGGCCAUGUUUUCUGUGUAAUGUUCUAAUGCGGGCCGUGUCUCUUUGGACACCCCCGUCUUAAUGUCUUGUAGCAGGAGUAGUAGUAGUAGUUUGUCUUUGUUUAACAUUGGUUGUUUCGGUAACAUUGCUAAUUGAGAAUAAUCACAGUGAUCCCUACUAGGUUGUUUUUACUACAAAGCUGCAAGCGCCGACGGGCACCGGCGUCCAGAUGGAGCAUGGCGGGGAUGAGUAAGGCGUUUCACAGAUCCCUUCUGUUUAACCCCGUUGAGACCGAGACGAGAUUGGAUAGGUGCGAGGGAGUCGGGUUACUAUAGCACCAUUCUGCUGCGCAAGAAGCGACAGCGUAAAAGAUGCAAUAACCCCGAUGGGAAACCUAAUCCAAACCCUGCUGCCAGCUGUCAUUCUCCCUCUUCUUGGCUGCCGCUUGCCGCAGGGCAAAAUGGCUCAAGCACGUAUCGCCUUUCCGCCUCUCCCUAAUCGUUACCUUGAUCAUGGCCUAGCAGGAAGACAUUUUUACACAUGUUGUCGUCCAGCACCGCAAUUCAGUUACGUCACUUAGGAAGAACUGCUGGCUAGAGUCCAGACAGCUCAGGUGUUGAUUGAAUACUCACAGGAUUAUACGAAAAUGUUCAAAACAACAUUGAAAUGAAGUGCAUUUAAGCACUCUUAAGCAGUAAAAACCUGAGUGCAUUUAUUGGAUUUAAGCUGGUGGUCAAGGUUUGCAGAACUACUAUCAGGCAGCUACUUUUCCACAGGCAAAAUGGACCUAAAAAGACAUUUAACUGAUUUGGAAAAGUACCCAAAUGUAGAACGUCUCAAAGGGAUGCGGCACUCUUGAACUCGCUAAGAUAUCAAAGUUUAUUAUUCUCACAUUAACAGAUGAAAAUGAGCAAGUGAGAUGGCAACAUGUAGUUACAUAAUAAUUGUUGGCAAUGCACACAAUGUUAUCAAUAUUUCACAUUAAAAGCAGUGUCAUUUGGAGUUCAUUUGCUUCAUUUUGACCUGUGACUGUGCACAAUAAGCUGCAUCAGCGUGCAUCUACUGUAUCCAGGAUAGGCGUGUCACAAGAUCUCGCUAGACAAGAUGUUCAGAAAAAAAAGUCUCGUGGGCACUCGGUGCUCAAAGCGCUCUGACACUGCUAGCACAUUGGCCUACUGAUGACGCAGCAUCGGGAGCAACCGGGGGUUCAGUAUUUUGCCCAAGGACACUUUGACACGAUCACGAGAGAUUUGAACCUUGAGCCAUGCCACCCUCAUGAUGACGAUGAUGAUAAAUUAAUUGAUUUAUCACACAAUAAAUGAAAAUGUACUUGAUAAUUCUGCCAUCCCUAAUAUAUUGCCAUGUGCAUGCGUGUUUGUUUUCCUCGCCAGAGUUCACUGUGCUCAUUGGUUUCAGCAGCCCGCAUGAACCAAGUGAGCCUUUUUGUCAGUCAUACAGUUCUUUUUUGUCUUGAUGGGUGGAGGCGGGGCCGCUAGCAUACACACACAGAGUGCAGAAGAGUGUAACGUAGUAGAAAUUAAAUUAGUAGAUUGCAAGGACGUCAUAUAUAUUAUUGUUUUCAUUGUACUUUUCUUCAAAGUAAUGUUAAAAUCUAGCCUCGUCUCGUUUUCGUAGACCCAAUCUCAUUCAAGAUUCAAGAUUCAAGAGAGUUUUAUUGUCAUGUGCACGGUAAAACAGCAGUUAUACCAUGCAAUGAAAAUCUUAUUCUGUUCAUUCUCCCAAGAAAAGAAAUCUCAUGUAUCGUCUCGUGACACCCCUAACAUGGGAUAUAUUUGUGUAAUCAUAGAGGGCGUGGCCUAUAAGGCCAACAUCACCCUAUAUCAGACAUAUUCAAAAAAAGCCAUAUACUGAAAUAUCAAAGGGCUACUCAUAUAUUUAUUACUUACAUACAUUUUUAUAAAUUAUUUUUAAUGUCCAGCCAUUCUUUUUCUAUGCCGCUUAUCCUCAUUAGGGUCGCUCGUAUUUGUAACACUUUUUUUUUGUUUUGAAAAAACACCACCACGCACUGCUACUUCAUGUUAAUUUUUUUAAUACAUUUAAAAAAAAUAAAUGUUUUUGCUUUAUUAUAAGUUUGAUAUAUUUUUUUGUUUUUCUUUAAAUAAAACCACAUUUCACCCGCAUGCAUGCCUUUUAUUGUAUCAAUAUUUGAACCAGCUGCUGGAAAGGUGAAUUUCUCUUGGUGAUGACUAAGGUCAUUAUUUAGAUCUAACUGCUGUGAUUGGCAGGCGACCAAUCCAGGGUGUACCCCGCCUCUUGCCAGAUGGCAGCUGGGAUAGGCUCCAGCAUACCCCCGCGACCCUAAUGAGGACAAGCGGCAUAGAAAGUGGAUGGAUGGAUAAUUAAUCCAAUUAAUUGUGCAAACCAAACCAAAACAUCCCUUUGAUUUUGUUAAAUAAUGAGCUUUGAGGUUUAAUAAUGAACAUUUCAAGACUAAGAUAAAAACAAAAACAGCACAUAGAAGGUCUUUGACUUGUGAUUUAAUUGAUGACUUUAUGACUAUAUUAUCUCUUUGCUACAUAAGUCAUGUGAGCAGGCUGUUUAAGGUUCAUGGCUGGUGAGGCAUUGACUUUGUUGGGUUUUUUAACUUUAUAUUCGUGUGCACAAAUGAAUGUUAAUUCAUAUUGAGAAUAACAAGAAAAAGAGAGCUGCAUAUCCUUUCCAGGAUAAUCUCUAUUUGUUGUGAAAGACGGCAGUGCCAAGCACCUUCGCCGUGUGCGCCUCGCCAUGUGACAUUUCAGUUUAGUGUCCGGGUAGCACGGACGACACUACACUAGAAAGGCAUGGUGUAGAAUAAAUGUGAACAACAAACAGGAACUCCCCAGAGAUCGCGCAUCACAGGUUUCUGUGUCGUAUUUGAUCAGGAAAUGUGCAAAUUCAGCCAUUUUUACAUAAGAAAAUGUUAAAAAGCGAUUGGAAUCACAAGUCACUGGACAAAUAUUUUGUUAUUUUUCUCAAUGACAGGUGAGGUCCUCACCUGCCUCACUGGCCAACAUCCUCAUCUCCCUAAGAGAUUAGACAGCCGUCAGAUCCAUGUUUUGUCCCCGUCUCCUUCCUGCCUUGCCUAACCCAUCCGCCGGGUUACACAACAUACACAGGGAUUACUCUUCAUAGUAUUAGACGAGGCACUCCAUGAGUGGGGCCUUUUAUCAUGAAAUAAAAGAGCACAAAUAGGACGUGAGCGAGGUCGACGACUUCAUAGGGCCGCGGCAGCACCUGCACGCACAAACACGCACACAGACCAAAGAUGAUGAUGAUCGUGUUUACGUUUAUGUAAAGUAUCUUUGGAGAAAUCCUUCACUAAUGAACUUUUUCUGCUGCGGUCCCCCCACUCUCUUUUCAUUGGCCGGUAUGGGAGACACUGGAGUAUAAUCUGCAGGCAUUAACUUGCUAUCUAAAAAAAGCACUCUCAACAGGGAUUAGAUUAUCGUGUGGCAAGGUCAGCGUCGACUCGCUGCGACUCUUUCACUCUGCACUGCUCUCUCGCUAUGCCGCUCGCAGUCUUUCACCUCGUGUCCGCUUUAGCUUCAGUUCCCCCCCCCGGGACAGAUGUACACUUCAACACUGCGGGUGCUUUUAGUUCCACGUAAACAUGACAUGUUAGUACACAUUAAAUACAACAAAUGUUGCAGGACAAAUGAGUAGAACAGUCCGUAGGCCACAGGAAUGCUGUUUGAAACUCAACUCGAGAAGGCAAUUUUUGCAGAGCUGAAGCUGAACUGACAUGCUGCGGACAAUGUGGCAUUACUGGAACAGUGGCAAUUCGUGGAAUGUGGAAAGUGUUAGCCUGCAUGUUUUGAUGCUGGGAUGAAAGAGAAAUGUGGGAAAAUGCUAUUCAUUUCAUUGGGAAUCUUAGGGCUGGAAAAUGUGAAAUUCCAGGGAAACUGGGACCUGGGAAUGAGCUGAAUGUGUUUUAUGUUGGAACGAUUAGAAUCGGUUGAGAAAUGUGGAAGUAGUAAGAGUUCUCAUGAUGAAACACAAUGAAAUGUAGAACUUCAUUGUCAAUGCGAGUGUUGUCACGGAAAAUGUGGAAUUACGGAAAAUGUGGGAUCUUUUUGGAAUGUGUCAACAGAUAGCCGUGUCAUAUAGAAUGAGGUGAACACUUUGAUGUUGGAAUGGUUUGAAUCGGUUGAGAAGUGUGGCUGUAGUCGAGCGUCAAAAAACAAAAUAAUAAUACAAUAAUCCCUCAUUUAUCGCCAUUAACUGGUUCCAGACCAAAGUAGGAUUCCUUCUUUGUAAAUUGAAUAUUUUUGUAGUUAUGGCAUAGAAAACUCGUUUACGAUCUUCUAAAUACGGUUUUUAACAUUAUUAGAGCAUCCAGACAUGAAAUAACACCCCUAUAGUCACCUUAACGCUCACAUUACCCAAUAUAGUUGCCAUAAUAAGAGAAAUUAAGACAUUUAAGACAUAAAUAAGACUUGUGUUCGUGUGUGUUGCAUACAGUCCCAUAAAUGCAAUCUGGACGUGCGGAGAGGAAGUGAUGUCGGGGGUAUUGCGUCACCAAGCGUUUUGCGGCUGUUGAGUUUACUGUUGAAGUAAUGCCAGUAUAUCCAAGUUUGGCAACUUGGAUCACUAAGCGCCGUUAAUCUGUCGUUUGUAAACCGAGUGUUGACUACGGUGAAUAAUGAACGUAGCGUUAAUCAUUUCCGUGAAUAAUGAACGGGAUUUAGUGAAUAAUGAACAUAUUUCAGUGAAUAAUGAACAUAACGCCAUCAUUCAGUGAACAAAGAAUGUUAAUUCAUUAACUACCAUUAUCCUCAAUAGACAAGGUGUGGUUUUUUUCUUCGGUUAAAGGACGUACUGGAAAAACAAGUAGUAAAAAAAAUUGUCUUUAUAUUCAUCCCUUAUAUUCUUCCGUAUAACAAGAGGGCACUAGACCUACUUCAAAAACACCGUUCAAAGAUUCAAAGCACCAGGUCAGAUGCCGCAUAUGCGGAACACAAACCGCUGCUGGUUGUUUAUCGGGAGAGCGGAUUAGUCAUUGUGAUGUUUGACGAUACACUCGCUAAUGUUGGCUUACCCUGUUGCUUUGCCCAAGCUCUGAACGCUGCACUUUUACACUCCACUGUCUCCACUUUGCUGUCUUGGCUUGGAUAAAAGUUGUGAAAAUGAACCAAACCGUGAGCGUAAAACCGAGGUACGUGUGAUUCUGUCGUGAAGCAUGACAAGUGUUUGCUCAUACGAGACAAUGCCGACAGCUUACUUGUUGACAGUGGCAAAUGUUUCUCGGAUUUGUGGAAGCUCGGGAGGGAUUACUUGAAGAUGAACGAAGGGGGCUGGGGGUAAUGUCCGAAAAAUACAAUCCCUCUUUAUAUAUUUACACAACAUUUAGCCUAAAAAACAGCGACGCGAUCCGUGUAUUAGGUUUUGUUCCAUGCUCUCCCGUUUGAUGAAAACAGACAGGAUUAUUAUUGGGGGGGUGGGGGGAAACAGUUAGCGAUGUGAGGUGCGGCUUAGCGAGCGAGCUUUGAACAGAAGCAUAAGGACGGUCACAUGCUAUAUCGCCAGUCAGCAGUAGCUUGGCACGGGCCCGCUACUGGUGGUUGGGACUGUUUGGAUGACUUCAGCUCACACACACGCACACACGCACACACACACACACACGUGCACACUAUUGGUAAAAUGUCUGAUAGUCUACCUGUUUACAACCAAAGUCCAUAAAUAGGGAUUUUGGACGGACGCUUUGGAGAAUUAAUUCAGAUGCUAUUUUGAGUCCCUGGCAGGAAAUGACACCCGUGGUUUUGGUGCAUGCACGACUCACCGGCAGUAGCUAUUUUCAUGCAAGAACACACACGCACGCACACGCACGCACAGAGAGACAUCAGAGCGCACUAACCAUAGGGAGUUUGUGCUGAGCUGGUUGGGACGUCAGGAUGAAUCAAUGCGGGGACAGCUGAGUGGACAUGCCUAUUCAUCUGCCAAAGAAAAGAGAUGAGAAAAGGGGAGCGAGGGAUUCUAAAAGAUAUGAGCUUAAGCCCCCCUGGAGCAACAUGCUUGCACAUUACUUUGCAGGCAUACUCCAAAGGGAGCUUUGCAAAGCAGGAGAGGUGAAAAGGACAAAUAUGUACGUGUCUUUGACGCAUGCAUGAGGUAGAUGUUGCAGAUGCCAAGAAUGUAGGUUGCUUUGACAAAAGGCUCACCCCAGACUGACGAUGGCCUGUUUAUUCCCAUCUGUUGACUUCAUCCCCAUUGUGUUAACCCAUUGCUUUAACCUUAACCCCCUAAUUGCCACCCUCCACUUUUCUCGUGCACAUCCUCCACACCCCCUCCUCUCAGAGACAGUGUGCCACAUUAGCCAUACGCUAAUCUGAUGGCGUCUGCUUUAGCAAACACCUGCCAUGCCAUGACGACAAGGCCCAUCCCCUGUUAUUUUUUUAUGUUAUAGCCUACUGACUUUCCAUUCAGCCUCAACCACUUCAGCACAACAGACACAAUUCCGAGCCAUUCAGUAACCGGCUAACCCCAUAUAAACUGUAGCUAACAUGAAUGGCGCCAGUGUUGAACCCCAUAAGUGAGACUGACUUCACAUUUCUCACACGCAAAACGUUUUACUUACUUAGCAACAAACUGUCUAAUUUGUCUAACGAUGCUAAAACUUUGAGUACAUCUGUAUUCAAUGCAUGCCUUGCAAAGCAGUGUGAGCACAACCCAUAGGGGGCGCCACAAAUAGUAAUUUACUGUCAUUAGGACACACAUUAUUGGAUGGAUUUGUUUGUGGAAACUCUUCUACGCGCUCUCUUCUUGCGCUUCACACAAAAUGACAAAAUGUGUCAAAAGAUGCUCACCGACUAUGUUGCCUGUGCUGUUAUUUUUCUGACAAAUACACCACACGGUGGCGCUCUUAUUAAACCCCAUGAGUCAAAUUGACUUGAAAUUUGUCACUCAGCUCUACAAAACACCCACUGUAACUUUAGGGCGUUCCGCCGACUCACCAAAUUUGGUACGCAGCUUCAGAGGACUGACAAGCACAUGUGUGUAAAAUUUCAGUUAGAUGGGUUGAAAAACAUGGCCGCCAUCAAGCAAAAUGUUUUUCUUACUUAGCAGUUGUCCAUAAGCCAUUAACUAUUUGUCGAAUGAUGAAAUAAUUACGACAAAAGCUUUUUAAAAUAAUGUUUUUGUCCUCUUCUUCCAGUAGAAUGGAUCCAACCUGCGUGAUGAGGACAGACGUCUGCAGACAAGCUAAAAAGUCUCAAGCUCUUUUUCGGUUCCUUUAUCUGUUGUUUUUGCCCACGUCGAGGCGCCGCCGACAUGCAGGCCGCGGCCUCUUUUGCUUUAUAACAAUGACCCUCUCAACCCCCCUCAACGAGAGCUGGAGGGGCCAGACGUUGAGUCGAUGUGACAGUUCUGGUGCGGCCGACACAAUGGCAGGUUUUACUUUUUUUACUGCCCGGCCAGAGGAGGUUCUUCCUGGUCACAUGUCGCGACCCUGUCAAGACUUUGGGAGCAUUGUGCUGCAGAGUACAAGCACAUGUCUCAGUGGCACUUAAACCUCAUGGAAUCAUCAUUCUCCUCAUACUGAGCCGCUAUUAUUUACAUGCGUGUCUAGAAGAUACUAGAAGAUGCCACAUGAAUUAAACAGCAAUGUUUAAACAUUUACCACCGUUAGACCUUCUUAUGUCAGCACUUAGCCCCGUCUCUACGCGCCACUUUUGUUGCAACAAAGUUGGGUUAUAAUGGAUUAUUGAUCAUGAAUUAGAGUGUGCUGACCCCCGAGGGCCCAUCCUGGUUUAGCCAGGAAUGAAUGCAACCCUUCAUGCUUCACCUCACACACUCAAUUUGGACACACAGGCCUGACCCUCUCUUAAUACAUGCAGACAGGCGCCUCUCUCCUGGCGAGGGGACAAAGGUUACACUGGAGACUUGUGUAAUUGCAAAUUGUCCUUAAUGGAUUAUUGGUGCAGAAGUCGGGCUUCUUUUCCCCCUAUACUGUAGUGACCCAAACCAGCUUGGACUCAUAUGAGAACAAUCUGGGGGAAUCUGGGCUUUGGUUGUGUUGAAAAAUCAACCGAGGAGACAAAGACAUACGAUGAAGUCAACGGAAGAAGGGUUGAAAAUGAAGGGUGUCUUGGUGCACCGUAAUCACUUACCUCGGUUUUCUUAUCCGCUCGUCUUGGUGUGUUUAUUUCACCGGGAAGGGUUUUCAAGGCUGACAUACACGCUUUUGGGAUGUGGGAGGAAGUACCCGGCGUGGGGAGAACACGCAAACUCCAACAGAGAGAUGUCCCAAUGUUCAUCACGAUUUGUUCUAUUUCCAGGUUCUCUUGACCAGCGAGGAUGCCUCCCCGUCAAAUACCAGGAUGACACACAAGCGGUGAUGCUUCCCAUAUUUUUGUACAGCCUACAAACUUUUUGAACGUUGUUUUCAAAGAAGUCAGCGACCACUCUGCAGUGCUCGAGAAGCGGCGAUGGAGACCAAAGGGAGGGAGGAGGCUCCAUCAAAACACACGGCAAAGGCGGAGACGGAGGAAGACGUGAGCUCCGGUCACACCUGCGGCGUGUGCGGUCGCAGCUUCCCCCUCCUCAGCUCUUUGUCCCAGCACAUGAGGAGACACACCCGGGAGAAGCCGUACAAAUGUCCCUACUGCGACCACCGCACGGCCCAGAAAGGCAGCCUGAAGGCGCACAUUCGGAGCCACAAACUGGGCUUGUUCAGCCACAACCUCGGCGACAGGGAGACAGCGCAAGGAGGGGUGGAGACCGUGGAGAUGCCCGGCACCCCUGAGGACAUAUCCGGCAAAGAUCACAAGGCCAACGGGAAGGUGAAGAAGAAAGCCAGCAAAAAGAAAGCCAAAGGUGAGGAUUCUGCGGUUGAAGUUAAGGAUGGUGACGGGUGGGACGGCGCCGGGCCCUUCGUCUGCAGCGUCUGCAACCAAGUCUUCCCUCAGGUGCUGUUGCUCAAGUCGCACAUGAAGCGCCACCGCAGCGCCCAGGACCACGGCUGCCGGAUUUGCGGGCGCCGCUUCCGUCAGGCGUGGUUCCUCCAGAGCCACAUGCGCAUUCACCGGGUCAAAGCCCAGCUGUGGGGCAGCAAGGGUCAGGAGUCGCCCGCCACCAUUAACGGAGUACCCCAGGAGCCAGAGGCGCUGACCAACGACGAGUGCCUCUACGAGCUUUGCGCCGGAUGCGGCAACUUCUUCACUGACGGUAAGACCUUGAGGAUACACGCAAGGCUACACAAGCUGACCCACAGCCGCCAAGUAGUGCAGGACUCCGAGGCCUCUCAGUUGAAUGUUACUCAGAAUCAGUUUUUGGAAGGCCUGAACCUCACUCGUGCUGGAACACAGGAAGAGGACAAAAGUCAAGGACGGCGGAUUCCAGAGCUGGAUCCCGUUUGCAGCUACCAGGCUUGGCAGUUGGCCACCAGGGGGCGACUGGCGGAGGCCACAGAGAAAUGUCUCGGCUGGGAGGAGCGCCUCGCUGACGCCGAGGUGGCGUUCGACACGGAGAAGGGCGAGUACGUCCCCAUCAAGCAGGACAAGAAGAGGAAGCAAAUGGACGCCACAGGCCCCGGCGUGAAGAAGAAGAAAGGCGACGCGGGCUUCGAUCAGGCAGCAAAGAGCCUGGCUCACGCUAAGGCCGUCGCCACCGACAAGAAGAUUUGUCACAAAGACCGAAUCCUCCUGAACGGACUUGGUCACGCGUUCUAUGAGGCGCUGCAAAACAGAAAGGUCAAAGAGGACGGCAUCUCACCCAAACACACCAGCAGCAGCAGGAAUAAGGACCAGGAAGACAACAAGCCUUUCUUGUGCGAGCACUGUGACUUCCACACCGCCGACGCCUCACUACUCAGGUCUCACGUGCACGCGCAGCAUCGGGACACGCAGGCGUCUCGCGGCGCACAAAGCUCGCAUCCGGACAGCCGAAGCGUCUCCAAGGCUUCACGGUACAUGGACUACCUCAGGAAAAGGAGCGCCUUGCUUUGUCAGCCAUACUGGAACCCGUACCCUGGACCGCCUGGCUUGGGGUUGGCGGAGUUGAACAUUAAAACAGAGAAGGGCAAUGACGGGGCCGUUGAAGGGCAAGGAAGCGAAUUGGACAGUCUUCUUAACUUGUCUUCAGUGGAUGGAAGUAAAGGACAAGUGUCUUGUGCUGUCAGAAAAGAAGGCCUGGUGAGACAUCAGUGUCCAUACUGCUCCCAUACCACCUGCUACCCGGAGGUGCUGUGGAUCCACCAGCGGGUGUCCCACAGGGUGGGCACCAGCAGCUCCGUGGCUCCAAAGUGGGCCCCGUGCGCUCACAGUCUUAAGAGCCCAAAGAUGGGCACUUCCCAGUGGAGGCGCACGGGGCCCCCGCCGUUCCUUGAAGGGAAAGACUGCCCGGCAUUGCCUGCUCCCAGGAGUCAGCGCACGCAACCACCAGGUGGCGCUGCCAGUAACAGCAGCAGCAGCAAGCAAGAGACAGCUGCCAAGAGCCAAUCAGGUGCCAAGCCCAAGCCUCAGUCGAAGGACUCCAAAUCAAGAGCAUCCGAGAGGAAGUCUGGUGAGCAGAAGCGGGCGGCAGAGGGGGCCGGCAAAGCCCCCAACACCCGAGCCAGCUCGUCCGCCAAGAGUGCCUCUGGGAGAACCACGGCGGAAGGCAACUUCCCAAAAGAAGGUCUCGGCUUCAUGUUAGCUCGAAGUCACGGCGGGGCGCCGUCCAAUUCACCCACAGACAGACUCCACCCACAAAGGCGGCCAUGUGACUCCACCUCAGCUCCCAAAGGCGCCGACCUCUGGGCUGCCAUGAGCAUGUGGGGCCACAGAGCCUACUUUGAACCGCUGCUGUUCGCUCAGGGAAAGCGGGACGGCACCGCCGCCGCCGCUGCCGCCGCAGCCGCCGCAGUAGACACGCCCGUGGACUUUGACGUCUUGAGCCUCCUGAAGAACUACGGUCCUCACGAGCUGGCGGCUCUCUACCAGCACUGGGGCUUCGUGGACCCCAGGCUUGAUCCACAAGCAAUGUUGCAGCUCAACGGGACUUAUGGAAAUGAAGUCCAUUCCUCCUCUGAAGCUUCCAAGCAAGUGACCAGUCGCUCCACUUCCACCUCAGGGUCUCUCCAUAAAGGAACAUGAAAACAGUUCUUCGUCCUCCAUAGUGAUAAACUGAUGAUCAAUGGCCCCCACCGUGACUUCCUAAAAAAGAAUAAUCAUCGACGCACUUCAUUGUUAUGCACAACAUAUGCAAACAGAUCUUGUUUUUUUUUAAGUGCACCGUUUGCUAGCAGAUAUGUUGCAUGGAAAUGAGCUGGAAUGGGAAGAAAAUGUGAAGCUAGAAAAAAUACGACCUAAAAACAUGUGAUUGUAUGACAGUUCUGUCCUUGCAUUUGAUUGAGUAGGCCCAUCCAUCCAUCCAUCAUUGUUUAGAUUCUUUCUCGGUCGAGAUUUCAACCGUUUGAUCAUUUGAAAGCAUGCCAAACGGAUUGGAGGGCGUACAGCGCGAACACUUGACAUUCCCAAUUCACUGCAAACAUUUGACUUGUUGCCAAACUGUUCCACUGAAUAAGUCUCCUUUCCUUUUUACUUGUGAAUACACGCACUGGUCUCCUACAUGCUAGCAAUGUCCUGAUUUAUGACCUGCCAGCUCCAAAGACUCAUUACUGUUCACCUCAUUCCUCACUUUUAUGUGUUUUUUUUUAGCGUGUCUUCAUACUUUUAGUUUCCAUUCCCUGUACUGUAUUUAUGUCCCAUAGCGAGAGAAACAUGAUGUGUUUGUACCAAAAACAAACAACAGAAAAGCCAUCAACUUGUGACUAUUACUGAGAGUGACGGGUACUGACUAUAAAACGUUGUUUUUUGGAUCGUUUGUACAUUAUAGUUUUAUUUAAUGUUUUUUGUUCGGAGUGGAAUUGUAACACUCUCUGAGUACUUGAUUAUUUGUAGUUGGAAAUGUUGAAUGAAAAAUAAAGUUGU